AUGCCGAAAAGGAAAAGGACUUCAAAUAAAACUCGAAAAAGGAGAGGAAAAGAUUUAGACGAAAUUCAUGAAGACCUUAGACCUGAAAAAGUUGCAAAAUUGAUGAACCAAGAAAUCGAUUUAGACCUUCCGGGCAACGGCCAAUUUUACUGCAUCGAAUGCAGCCGAUAUUUUAUUGACGAAGGUGCCGUGAAUAAACAUAAGUCUUCUAAAGGUCACCGUCAAAGGGUAAAAGCUCUUCAGGAACCACCCUAUACUCAGAAGGAAGCCGAGCUUGCUGGUGGAAUUGGUGUAGGCUGA